AUGGCGAUAACGCUUAGUUUCGCCGGUGUCUCCGCCGUUCGUCCUCUCCGAUUCACCGACGAAUGUUCCACCUCCGCCAGGUCUUUCCGAAAUCCGAUUUCAAAUUUCUCAAAUCACCGCAGGGUUUCAAUCCGAGCCGUAGCGGCAGUAGCCGAGACACGGCGGCCGGCGAAGAGUCUGUACGAAAUUCUCCGGCUGAAGCCAGGAGCAUCACCUACGGACAUCAAAUCGGCUUACCGAAGUCUAGCGAAGGUUUAUCAUCCUGACACGGCGGCGCAACGGUUGCCGGAGUGUGACGACGGAGACUUCAUCGAGAUCCGCAACGCGUACGAGACGCUUUAUGAUCCGUCGACAAGAGCGAUUUACGAUAUGUCGCUGAUGGCAGUGCACGGCGGAAGGAGCCGGCAGUUUUCGGCUCCGGUGACUCAGAAACGGUAUUCUGGAUAUCAUACGAAGAGAAGAUGGGAAACGGACCAAUGCUGGUAG